UUCCCAAUCCCAUCAUUCCUAUCGGGGCAAAACAAGAUGGCGACUGAAAGAAAGAAAAAGGAAAGUAUAUUUGAACUGUCCAACUUUCUUGAUAAAAGAGUUCGUGUAAAAUUCCAAGGUGGAAGAGAAGCUACUGGUGUUUUGAAAGGUUUUGAUGCCCUACUGAAUGUGGUGUUGGAUAAUACAACAGAAUGUUUAAGAGAUCCUGAUGACCCAUUCAAACUCACAGAUGAGACCAGGCAACUGGGUCUGGCUGUGUGCAGAGGAACGGCUGUGGUUUUGAUUUGUCCUGUUGAUGGCAUGGAACCCAUAGCAAAUCCAUUCUUGCAACAAGAAUGAUAACUUUUCUAGACUUAUCCCUUUUCUGCUCUUUCCUACCUUUUGUAAGACAAUGGUUUUUUUUCUUCGUUUGUAAUCUUUUUCAAGCAAAAUAUAAAGUUUGUGCAAAGUGCAGCUACGGUUGUUUGCUCAUGGAUCUCUUGUAUACACGGGUAUCUACCUAAACAGCUGUGGUUAGGCAUUGAAAGAAUGGUUAUGGACAGUUACUGACUCCACAUCAAGAAUAGCCUUCUGUGUUUUACAUGUAAAUGUAAAGAGAGUAAAAUUCAUAGUCCUGGUUUGGUGGUGUGUAAAUUUUUUUCCGUGUUAGGUGAAAUAAAGCAGUCUUUUGAAUUGCAAUAAAAUAACAUGUAACUUAAGAUGGCUUGCAGUGCAUUGCAUUGGCAGAUACUGGAUGAAGAACAGACAAGAUAAAGAUUGUUGUGCUGGAGCUGUUAACUCUUUGUCCCUGAAGAGUGACUUGUAUCUAACUUCUUACAAUUUCACCCCUGAAUCAGACAUCAGGGUCACAAGAAUUAAGGAAAUAACCACCAACUAUGGAAGCUCUCCAUUGUUAGACAAAUUCUCCUUGUCAUUACCUUAGGAAAUGUGUGGAGAACAGUAAAGAGAAUAUGCAUACUACUGUUAGUGUAUAAUUAAAUCAGUGAUCAGUUAUUUCUUUGUA